AUGCAAGACCUGUGUGAUCUCCAGUCGCAGCUGAAGGGCGAUCUCCCAAAUGCUCGGUCGACCUUUUCGCGACCAUUUACUAACACCGGAGUAGACUUCGCCGGUCCCUUCGACGUCAAGAGUUUCGUCGGACGGGGCUGCUACACUACGAAGGGUUAUGUAUGUGUAUUUGUGUGCUUCAGCACCAAGGCAAUUCAUAUUGAGGCGACCACGGAUCUGACAGCGGAGAAGUUCUUGGAAGCUUUUUCCCGAUUCGUGGCACGGCGUGGGUGCCCUCUUCACAUGUACUCUGACAACGGGGAAACGUUCGUCAGAGCCUCCUCAAUUCUGUCCAAAGAUCUUGUGGAGAGCACCCGCAAUCUGAUCCUCACCACGCACAGCCAUCAAGGCAUCAAGAGUUUCAAGACGCAUUUCUACAAAACGGUUUCCUCCGUUAAAUAUACGUACGAUAAACUUUCGACCCUCCUGACGAAGAUCGAAGCGUGCCUCAAUUCGCGGCCUCUGUCUCCUAUGUCAGAGGAUGUGAGCGACUUGGUGGCUCUUACUCCCGGUCAUUUCCUGAUCAGGCGUCCGCUACUCUCCAUGGCGGAGCCAGAGUCCAGGGAGGAUGUGGAGUCCAUCCGCAACGCUGGCAACGGCUCAAGGCUCUCCAUCAGCAUUUCUAUCGGUGACAUGGUGAUCAUCAGAGAGGAGAAUAUCCCACCACAAGAAUGGCGCCUUGGGCGUGUGCUGACCACUUGCCCGGGCGCAGAUAAAAGGGUCCGUGUGGUGGACAUCCAGACGUGUCGUGGUGUUUUCCACCGACCAGUUGCAAAGCUGGUCCUCCUUCCAACGGGACCCACGCUCUGA